UAAUAGAUUUCGAUCCCCCAAAAAUUUGAUCUUUUUGUUUUUAAUUUCGUUCUCAAAAACACCGUUGCCACUUCGUCUUCGUCUCUGCAAACCCUACUAGCUAGCCACCAUGAAGCUCAAAAACAUAGGUAAAGUAUACCCAUCUCCUCCUUCUUCAUCAUCAUCUUCUUGUGAAGACUAUCUUUCCGUUUUGAAGCUUCUUCCGGCCGCCAUUUUAGCUAUAGCUUCAGUCCUUUCUCUUGAGGACAGGGAAGUUUUGGCCUAUAUGAUAACCAGGUCCCUCAAUACCACCACCACAACUACCGACGCCGCGUCUUUGAUGAGCCAGGAUUUUUCUUCCAAGAAAAAAGCUUCCAAGAAGCCACCACCGGCCGCCGUGAAGAUGGCCCCAAAGGGUGGCGGUUCCGCCUACAAGCCACCCAUUCUCGAUUGCGAUUGCUUCGACUGCUACACGAUUUAUUGGUUUCGCUGGGACUCUUCUCCUAACCGUGAGCGUAUCCAUCAAGUUAUUGAAGCUUUCGAAGAUCAUUUAACCCAGGGGGAAACCAAGAAGCCUUCGAAGAAAAGCGCGCGGCUCAAGAGAAAGGACGGCAACGGAAAAAUGGCCACUCGGGUUGCCGAUGUUCCGGUCGUCGAACCACCGGGUCAGCCCGACCACGAUGCUCCUGUCUUGGAGUGUCCCAACAAGGAAGCACCGGUUUGUGCUGCCUCAACGGAUGAUAAAGAAGUUAAAGAGGAGGCAGUUGAAAUGGCGGAGGAGGCGACUGAAGUGUUUCCGGUAGCAGAUUCCGAUGAAGACAUACAGACGAUGGGAACAUCUGAGGCGGCGGUGACAACGGCGGCGACGAGUAACCACAAGGGUUUGGCACGGAAGGUGUUACCGGACGUGUUAGGGCUACUAAAUUCUCGUUUAUGGGGUCUUUGGAAUCCAAAUGUGUACAUUUUUUUGCUUUAGCGAAAUUCGAUACCUUGAAAACGAGGAAACUUUUAUCAUUAAAAAACAUUUUGUGUGGGUGGUGGAAAGAUACAUCGGUGCCGGAAUAUAGGGGUGGCCGGCGGUGGUCCUCCGCAUUAAUGUACUUUCCGUCGAGCUGUCGUUUUCAUGGUAGGAAAAAGAAUGUUUAUAAAAUUGCUUCUCUUUUGAGCA